AUGAUUGACAGUUGCCUGAAAGUCAUACCGAGAGACCUUUACCAAGAGAAUGGAGUGAAUGUAGCUGUGACAAAGCUUUUGUCUUUUCUACUCUGCAGCUCGUUAAAACUCAACCUCAUCUUGGUUCUGUCGCUGUCCACAGUGCACAUGUUUUGGGGUUAUCCAGUUCUCUCUUCCAAGGUGCCUGGGAAACCUGAUUACUUUCUCAUCCUGCUGAGCAGCUGCCCAAGCAGGCUGGAGGGGAGCAAUGGACUAGCUUUCCUAAAGCCAGUUUUGGAGAAGACAUCAAUGAAAAGAUCCUUUCGCAAUGGAGUCGGCUCAGGGGUGAAAAAAACUUCAUUUCGAAGAGCAAAGCAAUGA